AUGGAAUCUUCAACAGUAGACGAUCCGUUACUAUGGACAAUAUGCUACUGGAUUGUCUCAGCCCUGAACUAUGGAGCAUCUAUACUUUGCCUAUUUGUAUUUGUUUCCAUCAUGUCGAAUCCAAAGACAAGGACGAAUGCCUUCAAUCUCUACGUUGGAUUCAUGAUCUUUCCUGAUUCGCUGUAUGCAAUGACCAUGGGAUUCUUGUAUUUAUCAAAAGCACUCGGACUUCCAUUAUUCCCACCAUAUGAAGUCACGGUAUAUGUCUAUUUCCUAAACUUUCUGGUCAACUUUUACUCAAACGGUGUGGUGGUCCAUGAAAUCAACAAGCUCAUCCAACAGUCUAACAAUCGACAACGGACACAGCUGCCAGAUAUUUCUAGAGUUUACAAGCAAAUGGCUGCUGUCUAUUUGUACGGUGUAUUCCUUGCCACAUGGGCCAUUCUCCCAGUGUCCUGGUCACUCUAUCACAUUAUUGACCAAGACAAGGGAGAAGGGGAUUUGGGGUCGCCUCCAGGUGGUCCAGUGAGCCGCUUGGCAGCCAUUGCCAUUGCGUAUGGUUCAGUCAUAAUCCCGACUGGAUAUGUCAUCUAUGUGAGCAUUCGAGUGUGGCGAAAGAAGCUGUUGCCACGAAAAGGAAAGACACGUACUCUUUCCCUCUUCUUUAUGAGAGUCAUCAUUGUGUUUGUCGUGUUUUAUUUCCCAAACACGGCAACAACCGUCCUUCAAUCAGGCAUGGAGACUGCGAGUGGCAUCUUUUGGAUUCGAGUUGUGAGAGGUUUACUGGCGGCAGGUCAAGUGUACACUACCAUUUAUCUCAUCUCGAGAAAAGAUGACAUCCGCCGGGCCACGAUUGAGGCAUACAACAAGACAUUUGGAACUGUCUGUUGCAAACUAUCAUACUCCAAUGGGAGCGGAGCUGAACGAGGAUCAGUACGAGUUAGCGGUUUCUCAAUGGGGCCAUCCGAGAUCCAGCGGAACUCUCAGGUAUCCACCAAUCCGCUGCCGACAUCAUACGAUCACCCCCCAGCGUCUAGUGAGAGAAAUAUUCAGAGUGAAUGGGAGGCCGAAGAUGAAUACGACAACUUGAAUUCGACGGGCAAGAGUGUACAUGAGGAUAGCGAUAAAGGCAACAAUGCUUCCGACGGUGGAGAUGAUGAAGAAGGUCCUUCCGACUCCCGAGUUAGCACAAUAAACAUGGCGGGUCAAGUCAACAGUUCGGUAGAAUGA